AUGGCUCAACAACAAAUUCAACAUCAAAUAGAAUUACUUGAAAGGUUUAAAUCUCAUAUUUUACAAUCAUCAUCAAAAUCAAAACAAAUUCUAAAUGAAUUUAAAUCUAUAACUACUAAUGAUUCAUCAGUUACUGCAUUAAUUGUAUUUGAAUUAUUGAAUGAAGCUAAUUUAAAACAAUCACUUACUAUGAUUGAGAUGCUUGGAGCUAAAGAAGGUAUUGUAAUUAAUAAUCCUUUGGUAGAUGAUGUUAUGGAGGUAUUAGAAAUGGAAAUUCCUUCAAUUAUGGAACUGAUGGCAACUGUUGGAAUUAUGAGACAAAUUGUGGAACGUUCAGGAGGUAGUAUUACUGAAGAUACAUCUAUAUCAAUUAAUGCAGUUAGAGAAGUUGAUGGUAAUGAUGAAAAUGUUAAUGAAGAGAAAUCAGAAUCUAAACCAAAGGAAUCAAAAAUAAAAUCAAAUCGAGUUACUAAACAAGAUAAAAAAAAUGCUAAGAGACAUCUUAAGAAAGAAGAUUAA